ACCAACGGCUCAUCUCCACGACUUGCAAACUUGUGCUGUCCGUUUCACUUCUGCUCAUGUUAUCCCGUUUUCGAUACCCUUCGAAGUCGCUUCCACGAAACGAUAUCUUGUGCACGACCCGCAUCUUUUAUUUUACUUCUACAUCAUCAAUUCUGACAAGAUUCUCAUCGGUCGCAUCUCUCUAAAUGCCGCAGCACGAAUCAGAAAUAUUCACAGCGCAAAAACCACCAAUUGUUCAUGGAGUAAACAUCAGCCCAAAACUUCAAUGCCACCAUUGGUCUUCAGAUCUUGACAUUAUUGCCAUCCGGCACAAAUGCUGCAUGGAGUACUACGGGUGUAUCAGCUGCCAUGAAGAGUUAGCAGGACAUCCCAAUCAAGUCUGGCCCAAGGCAGAGCAGCAGGAGUUGGCCGUCUUGUGCGGCAACUGUUGUCUGGAACUGACAAUUGCAGAAUAUCUUGGGAGCGGCAACCGAUGUCCUGGAUGUGAUGCUGGCUUCAAUUCGGGAUGCAGGAACCAUUAUGAUCUGUACUUUGAGGUGUAGCCAUGGGAGACUUCAACGGUCGCUCGACCUGUAAAGCCGAGUCACUGUCUACGUGAACCUGCGAAGGCCCAGGUUAAUCAAGACGCCGAAUCACAACUUUCUAGUGUUAAUGUUCUAGAUGCUCGAACCACGAGAGGGCAAGGACAAUGGUUGGCCGUAUGGGUAGAGGUUAGGUUAAGGGAUGAAGAGAGCGAUUACAAAUUGAGUUUCCUUGAUGGGUCGUCUAUUUCAGAUUCGCCACAUUAUUGAGUCACACAUCCAUUUCG